UUAAACAACUGGUUCAUGCUGGCGGAGACAUAAUCGAGCGUAUCGGAGAGAUCGGUACUGAAUAAAAGAAAGGAUAUGUGCGAGAUAUCAAAGAGUCAGCGUCGUGCCUACCGGGAUCAGGAUCCACCUCGGAUAAAGGAUGAAGUGGAGCCGAGCCUUGACCAAUCCCUCAGCGAAGACCAAACGGAAUUCUUGAGGAAACACCGGGAGUACAGGGUGAGGAGGGAAGGGACGAUCACAGCCGAGUCUCGAGACUCUACGGUCAGUAACGGACGUGGUAACAACCAAACCGGAGUUGCUGUUGAACAGGAAAACACAGUGCCUUCGUCAUUAACAAUCAACAACUUGUCACUAGCUGCUACCACCACCAACGAGGUGAUUACAAACGGCGGUAAAAGGGAUCCCGACAGCUGUGAGUCUUUGACGAACGGAGGAGAUAUGGCACCUGUCAUGGGAGUUCCACCACCUCCACCUGCACCCCAUAUGGGCCCAGAUGGCCUCAUUCUACCCCGUAAGCCUUACAACCCGUGCCUCAUAUCCAACAAUCAUAAGGACCUUCGUAGAGAAUUGCUUUUCAAUCAGAAAAUGGGUAAAAAUGUAUUAAAUCAGAAGAGUGAACUUGAACGAGCAUUGGAGAGACAGCGUGAAGCAGCGAUGCGACGAGAAUCCGAGAGAAAUCGAGAGGAAACGUACAAGGAUGACCCAAGGACAGCCCUCCAACGAGCUCUUGAACAAAGGGCGAGGCAGCUCGAGCUCUCGGAGCAACCACCGAUCGUCGAACCACCAAAUCCCCUGGUAACAGCCAGAGCCAAAUUAAGAACACGCACUGACUCACAGUGAGGGAAAAAAAGGAUUUAUAACACUCAGAUUGAGUUUUGUUAGAGAAAACGAUUGUUCAGAGACGCAUAUAUGAUGAUAAAUAGAUAGAGAUUUAUUCACGCGCGGAUUGGCGAGUGUAAAUAAUUUUUUACACUUUUUACAUAUGCAACAGGUGGGGGCUGUGUAUACAAAAAAUGUGUGAAAAAUCAUACGAGUGGAAUAAGUGGAUAUAAUUGAACGAUUAUAUUAAAUCAUAGCGGCUAGAUAAACAAAUUAAAGAUGAGCAGAAAUUAAAUGUACGACGAGGCAAAUUGAGGGGAGUGAGAGAUAUUUACCCAGAGUGAAAUAUAAAUGGGAGAAUAUAUGCAGAGGACUAGUGAAUCUAGAUGUUUUUAUUGAGCUCAUUCGUGUGAAUAAAAGAGGAGAAAAAAAUUGUAGACCGGUUCUGAGGACCGGUAUGGGACUAGAGACCGUGAUGCGAACAUUUAUAGAGAAUCAUAUUUACAUCGAUGUUUUUUUUAAUGGAUUAGAAAUACACUUGAACCGUUUCACCAACGAUCGAGUACGUGCUAAUAUUUCUCGUCUCAUUCUUGUUUCUUCAACAUGUCACGAAUGUACGGAGUGCAGCCCCCAGGGACCACAUGAAGUCUGAGGAAUUAUGAAGUUGAUUAGAUGGGCAGGCGAAAGGCACUCCUUGUGCGUCGAGAUUUUUUUCCUUCGAAAUAUUAAUCUUCGAUAUUCGAAUUACUUCAGUUAUUUUAAUUAGUAGUUUUAAUGAAAUGUAGCUCGAGGUGUUUCAUUCCAUGGUUUAAUUUUAAAUUGUAACAUAUUACUUCCUGGCGUUUGAGUCUAGCAUGAGAAUUAUUAAAUUAAGAGUAUGAGAAAAUUUGAAAAAUAAAGAUAUAAACGUUUCAAAUUAAA